AUGUCGUCGAUAUCGACUUUGGGAGUUGCGUGGGAGCAUUGUCCGUGGGGCACGUAUAAUAACGUUGAAGAAGAAGAAGAAGAAGAAGAAGAAGAAGAAGAAGAAGAAGAAGAAGAAGAAGAAGAAGAAGAAGAAGAAGAAGAAGAAGAAGAAGACAAAGAGGAGUUGGACGAAAGAGAUUUCUGCUACUCAGUUGCUGAAACGAAUAAACUCGAGUUGCUCAAGUGGAUACGAGAGGAGAAAAAGUGUGAGUGGGAUGAAGAUACGAUUAAUGUGGCCGCAGAACAAGGUAAUCUGGAAAUGGUCAAGUAUUGCGUGGCAAAUGAGUGUCCUGUCGAUACGUAUGCGUGUGCAUUUGCUGCCUCACAAGGUCACCUCGAGUGCCUCAAAUACUUACGGGAAGAAGUCAAAGCGACCUGGGAUUCUCGGACUGCCUCUUUUGCGGCUGCAAAUGGCCAUCUCCACAUACUCGAAUAUCUUGUCGAGCGUAAGUAUAAUAAAUAUAGCGAAGUGGCUUGUGCGAAUGCAGCAAGGUUCGGCUACUUAGACUGUUUGAAGUACUUGCGCGAAACCGCCAAAGCGCCUUGGAACGAGAUCGCCGUACGCUGCUCGCACGAGAACAACCGCCCCGAAUGUGUACAAUACCUCCUCGACAAUAACUGUCCUCUCCCACCUAGUUGGCGAUACGAGGAUGGAACUUUACACACAUCAUAG